AUGCGAUGUCUAUCACUCAGAAUCGCGAAGCUUGACAUUAAAAAUAUGGAGAAGCUCGAGACAGAGUCGCCAAAAAUGCACAUUUAUUUCCAUCAUGUUGUAUGCACCACGUGUCCACAUUCGGUAAACUCUCAAAUUCAAGAAUGUGUGCAGCCGGUUGCCGAAUACGCCAAAGUGCUCAACAAUCACGACUCAAAAAGUGGGUCGGCCGGCUCCGAAUUCGGCAGCGCAUUUUCGCUUCCAAAUAUGGGUGGCCGCGUGUUUAACGAUUUAUGCAGACUCAUCGCCAAAUUCAACAGUUGUGUGCGAGAUCAUCGCGCCACUUGUCCCCGACAUGUCACUAUCUCGCUUAUCGACUCCUCAUAUGGAUAUUUGUGCAACGAGGGCUAUAAUACAUUCAUGGAAUCUGCCGAAUGUCUCAUGGAUCUCGACAGAAAACCAGCGGUGAAACGGUGCCACGAUGAGACAUUGAGAGAAAUCGAAUCGGCCAAUACUGAAAUGGGCAUUUCCAUGUCGGCAAAACUCGAUCGAAUGUGCGGUGCACUUAAUUUCUUCUCGGGAUGCGUACGAACUCCAAUCAAACAGGAAUGUGGGUUUUCGGCCUGGCAGGUCAUCUAUCGAGUAUUAAAAGAUACAACAAACACCUUAAUGCCCGCUUGUCAAUUUACUGGAACUUCGCACAAGCUCGCUGCGUUCGAAAUGAAAGCUGAAAGUCGUUCGGAAGAGCCGACUAAGCCUACAACAACUAGUAGUACGACAACCAGAGCUCCUCCAACAACGGUCACCACAACUACAAGAGCCUCUACGACAAGGGCAUCGGCGAAAGAAAUGCAACAAAUCCGCGACAAUGGUCUCGCAGCGAAAUCAAUUUUCAGUAUUGCCCUCGUCUUCUUCUUAAUUCUUUGA